AUGGCUUUUUGUAAUUCAUGUUUUCGUCCUGCUGAUUCAUCAGUAUUAACAUAUACUAAAAAUUUAUCAAUAAAAACUCUUCUACGUCGUCAAAUAUUUAAGAAAUCUUUAACAAUUACAAAAUGUCAAUCAUCACUUCUUAAUCGUUCAAUUCAUAAACAAGAAUCAAAUCGUAAAUUUAAAAAAAUUAAAAGAUCAAAUAUUAUUCGUGAAAUUAAUUCAAAUUUUGAAAAUAAUCAAACAAUAAAUAAUUAUGAUAUGACUAUAUUUCAUGAUGAUGAACUUGAUGAUACACAAAUUGCUUUAUCUCAUCGACAAUCAAAAAAAAUUCCACGUUGGGCUAGAAAAAGUCAAAUUGAAUUAGCUAUUAUUAAUCAAAUUUAUUAUAAUGAUAAAAAACCUGAAGAUAUAUUUGGUUCAAUUCAUCUUGAUCGUGCACAUGAAAUGAUUAAUUCAAUUGAUUUAUGGAAUACAGAACUUCCUUUUGGUUUUUCAUAUGAAAAUUUUCCACCGAAUUUUGUUUAA